ACACGUUUCUGGGGAAACACUGUCAAGACCAACACUUGAAAAAACUCCAAUAUUCUCAACACUUUCUCAUUAUAAUAAACCAAAAUUAAACCUUCAAAUAUGAAAUUCGGAUCAAAACCCGUGUCUAAUGUCUUCAUGAAUUUGGUCUAAAUGGAGAAAUUUGUGAUUUUUUCGCUUCUAAUUUGUAUAAUUAUUAGUAAUGGGUUCUGCGAGGAGUUAAAUCAAACAGCUGCUCCAUGGAGAAUUCAUACUUUGUUUUCUGUUGAAUGUCAAGAUUAUUUUGAUUGGCAAACAGUGGGUCUCGUUCAUAGUUAUAAGAAAGCUAAACAACCAGGACCAAUUACUAGACUUUUAAGUUGUACAGAUGAAGAGAAGAAGAAGUAUAAAGGAAUGAACUUGGCACCUACUUUUGAGGUUCCUUCUAUGAGCAGACACCCUAAAACCAAGGAUUGGUAUCCUGCAAUUAACAAGCCAGCAGGAAUUGUGCACUGGCUUAAGUAUAGUAAAGAUGCACAGAACGUGGAUUGGGUUGUAAUUCUGGAUGCAGACCAGAUUAUAAGAGGUCCAGUUGUUCCCUGGGAACUUGGUGCAGAGAAGGGGAAGCCUGUUGCUGCAUAUUACGGAUACUUGGUUGGGUGUGAUAAUCUUCUUGCCCAGUUGCACACGAAGCACCCAGAACUCUGUGACAAGGUUGGUGGCCUCUUAGCUAUGCAUAUCGAUGACCUUAAAGCAUUGGCUCCUAAGUGGUUAUCAAAAACAGUGGAAGUACGAGAGGACCGUGCACACUGGUCAACCAACUUAACUGGUGAUAUUUAUGGCAAGGGUUGGAUCAGCGAGAUGUAUGGAUAUUCAUUCGGUGCAGCAGAAGUGGGGCUUAGACACAAGAUUAGUGAUGAUUUAAUGAUCUAUCCGGGUUACGUACCACGCGCUGGAGUUGAGCCUAUACUUUUUCAUUAUGGCUUGCCAUUUACAGUUGGAAACUGGUCUUUCAGCAAACUAGAUCAUCAUGAGGAUGCAAUUGUUUAUGACUGCAACCGUCUUUUUCCCGAGCCUCCUUAUCCUAGAGAGGUUCAAGUGUUGGAAGCUGAACCAAAUAAAAGGCGCGGCCUAUUUUUGAGCAUAGAAUGCAUUAACACUUUAAAUGAGGGUCUUGUGAUACACCACGCAUCACGUGGGUGCUCUAAGCCAAACUGGUCAAAGUAUUUGAGCUUUUUAAAAAGCAAGACUUUUGCUAAUCUUACUCAGCCAAGAUAUUUAACUCAUGGCAAUCCACAAAUCGAGAAAGCUGAGGUACAGCAGUAUGCAUUUGACAACCCUGGGAAGCCAUACCCAAAGAUCCACACAGUUUUCUCCACCGAAUGUACCACAUAUUUUGACUGGCAAACUGUAGGCUUUAUGCACAGCUUCCAUUUGAGUGGGCAGCCUGGAGAUGUCACACGGCUUCUCAGUUGUACAGAUGAAGAUUUGAAGCAAUAUGCUGGUCAUGACCUAGCUCCUACGCAUAAUGUUCCAUCUAUGAGCAGACAUCCGUUGACAGGCGAUUGGUACCCAGCAAUCAAUAAACCAGCUGCUGUCCUUCAUUGGCUUAAUCACGCAAAGAUCGAUGCUGAAUACAUAGUUAUUUUAGAUGCAGACAUGAUAAUGAGAGGCCCAAUUACACCAUGGGAGUUCAAUGCUGCACUUGGUCAUCCAGUGUCAACCCCUUAUGACUACCUUAUUGGCUGCCACAAUGAGUUUGCAAAGCUUCAUACUAGCCAUCCUGAUGCUUGUGACAAGGUUGGCGGUGUAAUUAUCAUGCACAUAGAUGAUCUACGUAAAUUUGCUCCUUUAUGGUUGCACAAAACAGAGGAGGUACGAGCCGACAAAGCUCACUAUUCAAAAAAUAUUACCGGGGAUAUUUAUGAGUCUGGGUGGAUCAGCGAGAUGUAUGGUUACUCCUUUGGGGCUGCAGAGUUGAAUUUGAGGCACGUGAUAAAUGAUAAAAUAUUGAUAUAUCCGGGUUAUGAUCCUGAGCCUGAUGUCAACUACAGGGUGCUCCAUUAUGGAUUGCAAUUCACUGUUGGAAAUUGGAGUUUUGAUAAGGCUAAUUGGAGGAAUGUUGAUAUGGUCAACACAUGCUGGGCCAAGUUUCCUGACCCACCAAAUGCUUCAACACUGGAUUCUACUGAUACAAACAUCAUAAGUCGUGAUCAGCUAAGCAUAGAAUGUGGCAGGACACUAAAUGAAGCUCUUCGUUUGCAUCACAUAAGAAUGAACUGUUUGGACCCGGCAAGAAAAGCUCCUCAGACAAAGCAAGAGACUAAAGAUGAUACACCACCACAGGACAUUAGGACCAGGGAAUUAACUCAUCCUAAUAUAACAGAUCCCAUAUUUAGUUCUUUCAGGUUUUGGAUUGUGGUUCUAUGGGCAUUUUCAGUGAUGGGUUUCUUAAUAACCGUGUCAAUGGUACUUUCUGGGCGGAAAGGAGAAGGGCCAAGGGGUAAGGGUAGUCACCAUAGAAACAAGAGAAGAGCUUCUUACUCUGCCUUCCCCGACACUGCAGGUAGGCAUGAUAACAUCCUUACAAUAAUGCUUCUGAUAUGCUCUUGUAAUUGUAGAAAAAUCCAAAAGAAAAUUCUAGUAACAGAGUAGGCGAAAAUAGUCAGCCUCUUAAAUGUGUAUGUCUGGGAUUGCCUCUAACUUUUAGAAGUUCGUUGGGUGAAAAAGCAGAAGAGAACAGACAAAGAUUUACCUAUGACAUCGCUUUUAGUUUCAAUGUAAGUUGGGCUCAUCCUCCAGUUAAGAUUUGUUCUCA